AUGGGUUCUCAAAGGAGGAUGAGAAUAUAUGUUGGAUAUGAAUCUCCAUCUACUAUAAAAUACCUUGAACCAACAAUAAGAGAUUUAUUCACUACUCGCUUUGAUGAUUGUCAUUUUGAUGAAUCAAAUUUUCCAGCAUUAGGGGGAGAGAAUAAGAAGCUGGAAAAAGAGACCGGUUGGAAUGAAUUAUCAUUAUCUCAUAUUGAUCCUGGAACGAAACAAUGUGAACUAGAAGUUCAAAAGAUAAUUCAAUUGCAAAUCUUAUCAAAUCAACUACCAAAUGCAUUCACUGAUCUAAAAGGCGUGACUAAAUGA